AUGGCGACCGACGAGUUAGGAGAAUUUUACGUCAGAUACUACGUCGGUCAUAAGGGCAAAUUUGGCCAUGAGUUUCUCGAGUUUGAGUUUAGACCAGAUGGGAAGCUGCGAUACGCGAAUAACUCGAACUACAAGAAGGACACCAUGAUCCGAAAAGAGGUGUUUGUGUCGGAAGCGGUCAUGAGGGAGUGCAAACGGAUCAUCGCGGAGAGCGAGGUGACCAAGGAAGAUGACAGUAACUGGCCAGAGCCGGACAGAGUGGGUCGACAGGAGCUGGAGAUUGUCAUGGGGAAUGAGCACGUCUCGUUUCUCACUUCCAAGAUUGGAUCCCUGAUUGACGUUCAGAGCAGCAAGGACCCAGAGGGCCUUCGGGUUUUCUACUAUUUGGUGCAGGCAUUUCAUAAUCAGUCGUUAUUUCCUUGA